GAUUGUCAGUGCGCUUUACAUUGGGGAAAGAAAAACAGUAACAUAGGCCUCUCGAUGACAUAGAUUAAUAUAAAACAACAUGGAAAAGGAGAAGCAUGUGGCAAAAGUUAAAAAAUCAGGAAAGGGUUUGGCUUUGGAGCCAGAAAAGCAAGAAGAAUUUAAAGAGAACUUGAAAAAAAUCAAGGCAAAGGGAGAAAAAGAAAAAGGAUCAGGAGUUGUCUACCUUGGACAUCUUCCCCAUGGAUUUUAUGAAGGCCAACUCAAGAAAUAUAUGUCACAGUUUGGAAAAGUGAAAGCUGUGAAGGUUUCCCGUAGUAAUAAGACUGGUAAAAGUAAAGGCUACGCUUUUGUGGAAUUCCAGUCAGAUGAUGUGGCCAGAAUUGUGGCAGACACUAUGAACAAUUACCUGGUGUUUGAAAGACUCAUCAAGUGCCAGUAUAUUCCAUCCGAGAAACUUCAUCCUAAAACAAUGGGCAGAAGAAGUGGCGUGUUUAAGCCACCAAAAGCACAUAUCAUCGCUCGUGAUAGACACAACAACAGGAAAGCCGAGUUCAAACAGGAAAAGUCGAUAAAAAGACUUCUGAAAAAGCAGAAAAAGAGAAGCGACAUGCUGAAGGUGUUAGGGAUUGACCUGAAAAUGAACACUCUUGAGAAAGUUUUAGAAACAGGGAAGCAAAUUAUUGAAGAAAAAGAAAAGGAGAAAUUGACCCAUGAAACAACAGAAACAAAUGUGAAGACACAUGUAAAAUCUAAUGCAAAAACACCGAACUCUGCUAAAAAAUCUAAGUCAGAUUCCAAGUCACCUCUGUCUUCUGCUGAAGCAACACCUAAAGGACCAUCAACACUCUCUAAAGUCACUCCACUGUCCUCCAAGGCAACACCUGUAUCAUCAAAGAAAGCAAAAACACCUAAAGAAGCCCCAGCUGUGAGUGAAGGAAGGCAGCAAACUCCUAAAGCAAAACCUAUAGCAGCAACCCCAGUAACAACAAAGGCAACACCUCCAACAUCUAAGAAAGCAAAAACACCUAAAGAAGCCCCAGCUGUGAGUGAAGGAAGGCAGCAAACUCCCAAAGGAAAACCUAUAGCAGCAACCCCAGUAACAACAAAGGCAACACCUCCAACAUCUAAGAAAGCAAAAACACCUAAAGAAGCCCCAGCUGUGAGUGAAGGAAGGCAGCAAACUCCUAAAGCAAAACCACUAGCAGCAACCCCAGUGACUUCAAAGGCAACACCUUCAACAUCAAAGAAAGCAAAAACACCUAAAGGAACCCCAGCUGUAAGUAAAGCAACACAACAGACACCAGAAGCAACACCAGCAACAUUGAAGGCAACAUCUGUACAUAAACUAACACCCAUGCCAAAAAAGAAAAACAGGAAGACAAUAAGCCCUGAGAUCUCACCAAAAGAUCAAAGUAUGGAGAUCUUAAUGGAGGACAGUGAAGAGGAGGACAUUUCAUUUAAAACUCCCCCCAACACCGUACGAUCCUCCAAAACCCCGACCUUAUCCGCCUCCGCUAAAAAGAAGCGGCCUCAGUCAGGAAGAGAUAACACUCCAGUCACCAUACAAUCCUCCAAAACCCCGACCUUAUCCGCCUCCGCUAAAAAGAAGCGGUCUCAGUCAGGAAGCAGUAACACUCCGGUCAGAAAAAUUGAUGAACCACAGAGCAAGAAGAAGAGGAAAAGUCUGGAAUGAAAAAAAAUUAUAUCAUAUGAGAAUUGAUAUCAAAUACAGUUGACAUUCACAGUGAACUUUUACAAAAAUUAUUGUUAUUGCACUAAGUGGCAUUUAUGUGGGUAUUU